AUGUACACGACGCGCGACCCAUUCAACGUCCGCAGCAAAGCCUCUCGCGCAGCCCCGUCGGCCGUCUCGCUCCUCCACACCGCCGCUACCCGCACUACGCAGGCCGUCGAGGCCACCAAGCAGGCUCUCCAGGAUCUCCAGGACACCGACAUGUCCUUUGCCGUCCCGCGCAACGUCGAGUCUGCUUCACGUCGCUUCGAGGAGAAUGUGUGGAGCAAGGUCACCGGGACUGAGAAGGGCUUGCCAAUGUACAAGGACAAGCCGACGGGCUACGGCUACGGCGGGGGCCGGGGAAAGCAGGCCUGGGUGAGGAGCAAGAAGGGCGCCGUCACGGCCGCGCUGGUGCUGCUGGGCCUGCUGUACUGGCUGUUCGUGCCGGGCGCAAACCAGACGCCGGCUGCGCGGCUGGGCGCCGGCAGCGGCUGGUUUGGUGGGAGCGCGGCCACCAAGACCGACACAGUCUGGGAGCAGCGCCGGCAGCAGGUCAAGGACGCCUUCUUGCUGAGCUGGCACGCCUACGAGGAGCACGGCUGGGGCUACGACGAGUACCACCCCGUCGCGAAGACCGGCCGCUACAUGGCCGAGCCCAACGGCAUGGGCUGGAUCAUCGUCGACGCGCUGGACACGCUGAUGCUGAUGAACCUGACCACGGAGUUGAAGCACGCCCGCGAGUGGGUCUCGACCACCCUGGACUACGAUAAAGAUCAGGACGUCAACACCUUUGAGACGACCAUCCGCAUGCUCGGCGGCCUGCUGUCUGCGCACUACCUGCAAGAGGCGCUGCCGGGCCUCAAGCCCGAGAACGGCCACGACGACGAUCUGUUCCUCGAGAAGGCCACCGAUCUCGCCGGCCGUCUCCUGGGCGCCUACGAAUCGCCUUCUGGCGUCCCGUGGGCCAGUGUCCGUCUCAAGGACAGCAAGGGCGAGGCUUCCCACGCCGACGGCGGCGCCUCGUCCACCGCAGAGGCCACCUCGCUCCAGCUCGAGAUGAAGUACCUUGCCUACCUGACCGGCGAGGCCGACUACUGGGAGAAAGCCGAAAAGGUCAUGCACGUCGUCGACGACAACGGCUCCUUGGACGGCCUGGUGCCCAUCUUCAUCUACGCCGACCGCGGCACCUUCCGCGGCAAUGAGAUCCGUCUCGGCUCGCGUGGCGACAGCUACUACGAGUACCUCAUCAAGCAGUACCUGCAGACGCAAAAGCAGGAGCCCGUCUACCGGUACAUGUGGGACGAGACCCUGCGCGGCGUGAAAAAGCACCUGCUCGCCUACACAAAGGAGUCCCACCUGACGGUCCUCGCCGAGCGCCCCAGCGGUCUGGACGGCCACCUGCACCCCAAGAUGGAUCACCUCGUGUGCUUCAUGCCGGGCACCAUCGCGCUGGCCCAGACUGGCGGCCUCCCGCUCUCCGCCGCCUCAAAGUUGCCCUCCUGGGGCAAAGAGCAGGAGGAAAACAUGCUGCUCGCCAAAGAACUAAUGAAGACGUGCAUGGCCAUGUACCGCGUGACCGCCACCGGUCUCUCGCCAGAAAUCACCCACUUCGAGCUCGCCGACGUGCCGGAAAUGUACGACACCAAGAUCCUCGCGUCGACGACGGAGCUGGAACGGGACACCGUCGACGGCGAGGGCUGGAAAAAGGACCUCGUCAUCAAGCCCGCCGACGCGCACAACCUGCAGCGCCCCGAGACGGUCGAGAGCCUGUUCUACAUGUGGCGCAUCACGGGCGACGAGAUGUACAGGGAGUGGGGGUGGGAAAUAUUCACCGCAUUCCUGAACCACACGCGCAUCGACGGCGGCGGCGGGUUUACCUCUGUCAACGACGUGACCAAAGUCCCGCCGCCGAGCAGAGACAACAUGGAGAGUUUCUGGCUGGCCGAGACACUCAAGUACUUCUACCUCCUCUUCGGCCCCGACGACGUCCUGCCGCUCGACCAGAUCGUGCUCAACACCGAGGCCCAUCCGUUCCCGCGCUUCGACGCGGCGAAGAAGCGCUUCAAGACCGGGUGGGCGCGCAUCCCUCGCGACGAUAUGGGGGAGCUCGUUGUCAAGAAGGAGGGCAAGAAGGAAGGGGGCGCCAGUGCCGUGAGUUCGGGGACGGGGAUUCCGCACGUUGAGUAG